UAAAAAAAUCACACUCAUCACUCUUCCCUUAAGCCGGAAAAAUACUCCUACUCUCAUCACCACCAUUAUCUUUCUCUCUCUAAAAACCAAACCCCCCCCCCCGCUCUUUCUCUCUCUUCUUCUUCUUCUCAUUAUCCAUCUUCAUCAUGGCACUUAGAUUCCAUGGCUUCUCCAUAAGGGACUACACUUCCAAGAUGAGAUCCGUCGACGUUUUCAAAUGCUGGCCAUUCCCCGCAGCCGGACUCAGCCGCAACCAGGUCGAGUCCCGGUUGCCUCCUAUGAGUACUCCAAAGUUGCGGCGGUGGUCGGAUGAGCUCGCCGGACUGAGAUCCGACCUCGCUGGCGCUGGAGGAAUCGAAGAAAGGUUGAAUCAACAGUACGAGAGCGAAUCGGAGAAAGAGGAAGAAGAUAAGGUGGAGCUUGUUUGUCCCGUGUGCCAAGAUUUCAACGCCUCGACACUGACGGCGGUGAAUGCGCAUAUCGACGGUUGUCUCACGCGAACUGUGAGGGAGGAGCCGCAGUGGAUGAGGAGGUCGAAAUCGAAGGUGCCGAAGAGGCGCUCCAUCGCGGAGAUUUUCGAGCUAAAAGAGGACAUGGAAGAGGAGAAACCGCUGCUGCCGGAGAUCGAUACGGAGCUUAAACGUUUGCCGUUUGAUGAGGUUUCGAUCAUGGUGACAAAGUUUCGGUGGCUCUCGGAGCGGCUCGAGACCUUGAGAUCCAACGGAAUUUCGUUCGAUUCGGUGAAAUCCGUCGUAGGAAACUCGAAUUCCACAGCAGAAGAGGAGGAAUCGGAGAUGCUUUGUCCUGUUUGUAGGGUUUUCAACUCCGCUACGGUGAUGGCGGCGAACACGCACAUCAACGGUUGCCAGGCAACCGCGAUGAAGAAUAAUGAGUUGUGGGGGAAACCGAGUUUAAAUAAUCCAAAGCCGAAAGAGCCGAAGAAGCGUUCUCUCGCCGAUAUUCUCACCGUCACGCCGCAAAUCGACGGCGACGGAAAACUCUUGGUGGAGGCCGAGAAAGACGACGAAGAGAUCGGAGAAGAGUUCAAGAAACACGGUUUCUCCGGUGCUAGAAUCAAGAGCAAGAAGAGUACGAACAACAACGUGACGAAGAAGAGAAAGUUGAAGAAGGUUAUUAUGAGGAAGAAAAACAAAGUGGAAAAGUGUGGUGUUGUGACUCUAAACGAGGAAAGUAAGAAGAUAAACAAAAAGAGGAAGAAGAAAAAAAAGCUAAACAAGGAGUUCACUGCGAAGAAGGGAGAUGUUUACAAGCGCAAGUUGCAGAAUUCAGUACAUAGUUUCACAAAGCAAGGCACUGUUGGGAAUAAAAAGGUUAAACUUGACGACAUUGAUGCUUCUUCUGCUCUUGAAAAGAAAUUGGGUUUAAAGACAUUAUCAGAAGAAAAUAAGGAAAAAGUGAAAAACUGGGACUCAGUUGGAAAGCAACAAAAGGUAGUAGUGUCUCCCAUUGGCGGUAUUCUUAAGAAUCACAAACACAUUUAUGGAAGUACUUCAAUUGGUAGUAAUAUUCAAGAUGGCACUGAGGAAACCCAUUGUGAUGUUCAAGUGCCACCAUCAGACAAGCAUGUGAGAUUUUCUGCUGAGGAUUCUGUGCUUGGUCCAGAAAAGAGAAGCUCAUUUGAUGAAGCCGUGUUCAGUUUAUCUUCAGAUAUGCCGGCUUCUUCAUUUGGAGAGGAGAAGCUCACUGGAAAUGAUGAAGGCACUGUGAACUUGGAGGAAAACAGAAAUGGCAACACUGCCAUUAACACAGAUAAGAGAAAGGAGGUUUGUCCUAUGGUUGAAAGUAAACAAUUUUCUAAUACUCUAGGACUUGUUGCUGUACAAAAUUUGUUAAAGCCGUGUACCAGUGAAGAGAAAUCAAAGCACUUAGAAGAGAAGUCUGAAUCAUUAUCCAAUGUGACGAUUUGUGAUAAUAAUAAUUUAGACCGGUUUGAUGGAGGCAACACAACUACAGUGCAUGUUUCUUCAUAUGGUGACCUUUCUAGAUCUCUUUCAGAACUUCAAGGGGGGCAAAGUUCUGGUAUAAGUACACAACCGUGUGAAUCUGAAGCUUUUAGUUACACUGGGAAGUUCAUUGAUCAUUUGGGAGGUCCAAGUUUUCAGUCUACAAAUGCACACACAAGGACAUAUUUGGAGCCUUCACCCUCUUAUUCUGCUUCCUGUAACGAAGUAAAUAACAGACCUGAAUUUCCAUUGCACACAUAUGGAAACGAUGAUAAUAAUGGCCAAGCUUUGGGUGACAGGUCGUUGUCAGGCACGUUUUCUGCUGAUAUGAUUGAUAAUUCGUUUCUCUUGCCUGGCUGGGGGAGAGGAAGUAUAAGGAAUAACUGCAUGGAGCAGAACUUUUAUGGUUUGCCACUCAAUUCUCAUGGUGACCUAAUCAACUUUAGUUCAAGUGGAAAAAUUGGGAUGAACCAGCCUGAGACAUCAUGUACAUUAAGAAGUUCUUUAAGUGGCUUACCUGUGAACAAUGUUAUCCAUCAAAGUAGCCAGGAAUGUUUAAGCAUUGGUAAGAGGCAUGUUGUUCAGAAGACACUUCAAGAUAGCGUAAAUCCAUUUCCUCACUAUUCAGGAAGGUUAGGUGUUAGAGAGUUACAUGGAAGGGAGAGAGGAGAUAUCUACCAGCAUAAUUCUGGUUGGUGUUCAAAUCACUAUGUCCAGCCACUUGAUUCAGAGUUGAACCUCAUGAGAAACCCUUUCAUUGAACAGAAUCAGAAUCAGAAUCAACUUGAAAAGGUGCCAAAUCACGAGGAAUAUGGAAUGGUUUCACCAAGAGGAAGCUCAGGUCUUGUUUCACCAAGUUGCAGCCAACCAACAAUGAGGUUGAUGGGUAAAGAUGUUCCGAUUGGUAGAAGCAGCAAAGAAAAGCAACAAUUUGUGGGAGGAGUUCUUUGGGCUGAAGAGGAAUCCAGAAGGCAUUAUUCUGUAGAUGCUGCUAGGGACAAUUCUUUGUUAGGAAGAUGCUACAUGCCAGAUUCAGCAUCUGGUUCUCAAUUACAGAGACAAACUGAGAAUGUGUUUCAAUCAGUGAAAAUUCUAAGCAAACAGGCAUUACAAAGUACCUUGUUGAUGAAUGGUCCAAACUCUGAAUUUCUUAACCAGCGAAGUAAUCAUAUAUCUCAAAAUGGAAGCCUUGGAGUCAGCAGAAAUGCUAGUACUAAUUUGCAUACUAUUUCCCAAGUAACUACUUCGUGUGCAAUAUAUAAUAGGCCACCUGAAGACUUGCCUGAGCAGUUUAUAUCUCAAGGAUUCUGCUUUCAUUCUCAGGUAUCAUCUAAUCCUUGCAAUUUCAAUCAGUCUACUUUAAGCAGUCGUGAGCUGAAUGACUGGAAGAUGCACCACCGUGUCGCGAAUUCAGCCUUUGAAUUUCCCUUCUUGCACCCAAUUGUUGAAGAACAUGCCAAAUCAUCUUGGUUCAAGAGGUCCUAUAGCAGUUUGGCACCAUGGCCCUUAAGCUCAACACAUGAAAGGCCACCUGGGAGCUCUUCUAGUACAAGUUUUCCUCAUAAUACUUGGAGAAAUGAUUCUACAAUUUCAUCUGUGAACCAUUCAUCAGAUGUUUUGUAUCCUCCUACUUCAGUUGCUACUCACUGUCCCAGGAAGACCAUUCGUUACCCAACAUCAACUGCUCAUCCUCAUCCUCAUUCUCGUUCUCCAUACGCUUCAGUUUCCCCCAUUAUCAAACCACCCUCUGCCAUAGAUAGUGGUUGUAGAAACUUAUUUAAAGUCACUGACAGAGUGAAAUUUGAUGAUAUGAGUGCCAGAGUGCAUCAUCCAUGCACCAAUUCCAGGAAAAGACCCUCAACUAGUUUUGUUGAUCCUGCAAAACCUAACAAGUUACCUAAUAUAGAAGUGAAGAAAAACUUAACUGGCAUGGCUGUGCAGCAAAACACAAGAGAAGUUGAACUUGAUCUCCAAGUGGGUGCAAUUGGUAAAUGUUGUCAGAAUGAGGCUCAGAAUCUAAAUCCAAGAGGCUUUGAUUCUUUUAACCUGGAUGGUGUGGUAAUAUCAGGUCCUGUGAAACUUAGCCCAGGUGCUAAGCAUAUUCUGAAACCCUCUCAAAAUCAGGAUAACUCAACACCGGUCCAUUCUGCCAUUCCUAUUGCUGUGACUACUGAUUGUGGUAAGGAUCUAGAACUUCAAGGAAAUUUGACAAAAAUGUACAUAAUUUAGGUGUAAUUCAUCAUUUAAUGGUGUUAGUUUUUUGCCUUAAUAGUGUAUCCAACAUCCAUGAACAUAACAGAAUUGUCCAUGUAUUUAUUGCCAGGUUGCUGAAACAGGUGCAAAAUUGAUAUGACUACUUUUAGGAGACA